AUGACAUCUUGCAUAACGUCUGUCAUCCAAAAGCGCAGAUCAGCACCAAGCCGUGAGCUUAAGAUGAAGAAAGAUAGAUUCAAAAACCAUAAAGGAAUCUAUGGAGCAGUUGAAACAAAAGUUUAUGAUGUUGCAGGCGGAGUCUCAAUGACAGAAGUAUUGAAACUCCAGAGAAGAAUCAAGGAAAGUACUGGUAUUAAAACAUCUCGUGUAGAUUGGAGAACAAAGACCGGUGUUAUACUUUGGUUCUGCGUUAAUUGGAACAGAAUCAAUCCCAUUAUUGAUUCAUUUAAACAAGAAUCAUCAGCAUGCUUAACAGAUAGCUCAGAAACAGAACAAGUUAGUUCACCGCAAGUACAAAGUUCUAUAAAUGCAAUUAUAGAACAAGAAACGUUUGUUAAUUCAUUUGAUACAUUAGAAAUGAAGCUGCUUGAAGCAGGCAAUUUCCCAUCAAUAGAAGGAUUUUGGACUUUGUAA